GGAAUAAGGAAUCAUCUUGCAGUCUGAUUAUGUCAUCAAGCUCGCUGGCCUUGCGCGGGAGCUCGACCCCAUCCAUCGAGCUCUGGAAUAUGCCAACACUAAAGCAAAAGAACCCUUGGCUCGUCCAUUUUCACUCACACUUCUCAGGCUCUUAUCAAAUGUGAUUGGGUCAGAAGCUCUGGCUGGACGAUAUGUUCAAAACCCGACCAGACGUCUUGUCACUCAGUAUGUAAUCAACAUGUUAUUAAGUGAAGAUGAAAGCGUGAGAGUGACUGCAUGUAGUGUGUGUUAUGGUUUGGUAUGUGAAUGGAGUGGGUCGCGAUCUGAGUGGGUCAAAGCCGAGGGUGAAGAAUGGGAGGCUGGUCUCCCCAGUAGCGAUCAUGCGGAUGAGGAAGAGUGGGAGGUUGAACUCAUGAGCGCAUUGAUAGAAGCUUUGAAGAGAGAACAUCAAUCAAGCUCUGAAGCAGAUGUUGCUCAUCGAUUGGUAGCCACGAUUGGCCGCUUAGAUUAUCUUUCACCUUAUCAUCUAUCAUCUCUAAGAGUUUUGACCGAAACUUUAAACCUGACACAAAUCCUUGAUGAGAAGAAGAGGUUAGAAGCUCUGAAGGGCAAGAAGGAGCUUCUUGAGCUUUGUGACGAGGUGAAGAAGAUGUGUACAGCUUCUUGACCAUUGCUCUAGCAUCUCAUCUCAUCUCUUUCUUGUCUGCCUUCGCUUUCAAAGGAAACGGUACUGGGUGCAAUUAGAAACAUGAACUGAACCCAUCUCAUCAGACUUAACUCGAGUUGGUGGAUGGAACUCAGACUGAU